AAUAUAUAAGAUAGAUGAUUUAUUUAGAAGACAGUCUCCUGGACAUUAUUCUUCAUAUUUUCAGUCCAGGCUGAAACAAAGGGUCACGCAACAAAAGAGAGUCAACAGGACGAAAUGGCCACUGUAAGAAUGUUUACCGACCUAAACAUAAAGGCAGAGAGGGUGAUGGAAGAAAUCGCUAAUGCACUGGCUCUAGCAGAGCAGAUCCAGCUCACACUCGUAUCUGAAGAGUUACCUGAGUGGAAGAAGAGACAGCAGAUGGCUUGUAUCGGAGGUCCACACGACACCUGUCUGGAGCAGCUGCAGAGCCGGUUCACGGUGGUGGCGGAGUGUCUUCAGCAGAUCCGUCAGCAGCUGAAGAAGGUUCAGGAACUGAACUGAUUAUUGUUAUAUCAACAGACACUGUCUCACAGACAAUUACCAUCACUUUAAGUGGGCUUUACAAUACUGUAGACUACUAUUCAAACUCCCUGAACUGAACUCUCAACCCAAGGUCAAAAUUUCCAUCAUCCAUCUGUCUAUCUAUUGCUUUUGAAUAGUUUUCUGAAUUAAUUUUAUUGCAAAGCAUUGCUUAUAUUUGACCUGUCUAUGUUUGUGUAUUUAUAUGGAUUUUUCUGAGAUGGAUACAGUGAAAGGGCAUGUAACCGAUCACAUUAAACCGAAGAGCACAGGCAAACGCUAAUUACAAUUACUGAACACAUUUAGUUUUUUUAUGCAUGUCAGAGGUCCUCGCUAUUGUAACGAAUUGUUGUGUAAUAUCCUAGACGCAGAAAUUUCUUUUUUACA